CAUCAUUCAACUAAAAAACGGAGCUUCUCACGAAUUUGCCACGGUUUUAAUAUCUCUCUAAUCCAAAAAAAAAACCACAUCAUAUAAAUAUACAAACACACUUUGAUACAAAAACAGAACACAACAAACAUUGUUAUUACAUUAGUUUUUUUAACUUUCAGACAAAACACAUUAAGCUUCUUUAGUUAUGUCGAGUACUACUAAUUCUCCGACCACCGGGAACCAAGAAACGACAGUUCGUCAAGUCUCGAUCGCAUUGCCUUCUAAACCUUCUGAUCAGUCUCCUCAAUCCUCACCAAGCUCGUCUUCUUCGCCGAGACCAUGUCCUCUCGUCCCCGGUGGAUCUCCGGCGAGGAGAACGACUACUGGAUUAUCCGGCAAACACUCUGUUUUCAGGGGAAUACGGCUACGAAACGGGAAAUGGGUAUCGGAGAUCAGAGAGCCACGUAAAACGACGAGGAUAUGGCUCGGGACUUAUCCAGUACCGGAGAUGGCUGCCGCUGCUUACGACGUAGCGGCGUUGGCUUUAAAAGGCUCCGACGCGGUUUUGAAUUUUCCCGGUUUGGCUUUGACUUACGUGGCUCCGGUUUCUAACUCUGCUGCGGAUAUAAGAGCGGCUGCUGGUAAAGCAGCGGAGAUGAAGCAACCGGAUCCGGGUGAAGCUGAGAAGGUACCGGAACCGGGUCAACCCGAGAAAGAGGAGGAAGUAGAAGUAGUAGAAGAAGAAGGGUUGUGUUCGUUAGAGUUUAUGGAUGAGGAAGCGAUGUUGAAUAUGCCGACUUUGUUGACGGAGAUGGCUGAAGGUAUGUUGAUGAGUCCACCGAGGAUGAUGAUAACUCCGACGGUGGAUGAUGAUUCGCCGGAGAAUCAUCAAGGAGAUAAUCUUUGGAGUUACAAAUGAGAUUUUUUUUUAUUUUUAUUUUUGGGGUCGCUGUAAUGGGGAAAGUCAAAUAGGUUAUUAAUAUGAUCUAUUAAUAUUUAAUAUUUUGAAGAAAAAGUUGCAUAUUUUUUGUAUUUGUUAUAUGAUUUUGAGUUUUCUUUUUUCCAUUGAUUUUCUAAGUACGAUAUAUAGAG